UUGUAGGAACGGAGUGGAGAGUUAUGCGCAUGCGCUUGUACGAUGCAGCUUGGGUCAGUGCCCUACCCAAGAUGGCGGCUGCGGAGCGACGCGGCGGGGGAGAGGAGCGUUGAUGCGACGGCGCGACGAGCACCAAUUCCCUUCCGAAGAUGGCGGCUGCGAGGUGCUUGAGGAAAACGUGGAAUUAUCCUAUGGCAUUUAGGAGCCUGGCUACUGUCAUACCCAAGGUCUCCCAAGUAGAUAAUUCUUCCGAUUUCUUGGGCAAAAUUCCACAUCGCCAGCACCCGGGCAUCCUCCAUCUCAAAAAUGUUAGGCUUCCUUCUGAACUGGUAGAAGUAGCUCAAUUUCUGGUAACUGAAUCCUCCAUGCGGAAUCUGGAGCAACAAACCAAGGCCCUCACCAACUACCUGUGGAGCCGCAAACGCCCUCUGGAGGCUGCAGAUCUGCGCAGGAAGGCUCAUGAAUUGGAGCAGAAAUUUCGGGAGAAGAAAAAUGCCACGGGCCCUCUGGAUGAGGAAGCCGAGGUGAAGCUGCAGAAAAAGGUCUUGGAUGCACUCCGAAAAUCAACUUACCACUGGGAGGAGCUGAAGUACACUGAAGAGCUCAGCUUUAUAUACAUGGCAGCCCGGAUGGACGGGGUUUUUGCAGCUGUGACCCGAGCUUUCCAUGAAAUCCAGAAGAGAGUCUCGGACUUUGAGCCGCGCACCCUGUUGGAUUUCGGCUCAGGAACGGGCGCUGUCACCUGGGCAGCACACGGCAUCUGGGGCAAGAGUAUCAACGAGUACAUGAACAUCGACAGUUCGGCUUCAAUGUUAGCCUUAGCUGAGAGGCUGAUGAAAGGCAUUUCUGAGGACAAGAAUCUCUGCAUCCCAGGAGUCUACUUUCGGCAGUUCCUCCCCGUCUCACCAAAGGUGAAAUUUGACCUUGUGGUUUCUGCUUUCUCACUCAACGAACUCCAAAGUUAUGCUCAGAGAGUGGAGACAGUGCAGACACUCUGGAGAAAGACAGGUGGCUUUUUGGUUCUGGUAGAGAACGGGACCAAAGAAGGUCAUCAAAUGCUCAUGGAAGCCCGGGAUCUUAUUUUAAAGGGCACAGAUGAAGUGAUUCAUGAUCCCACAGAGCCUUCCGUUUUUGCCCCGUGUCCGCACCAUUUGCCAUGCCCUCGUUUGUCGCCUGACCGUAUCCUGCCAUGUAACUUCACCCAGACGUAUUUCCCGCUGCCUUUCAGUUGGAACCCACCAAAGAAGGAGGAGAAAUUCUCAUACCUGAUCCUACGCAGAGGAUCGGGGGAACUGGAGCAGCCCUGGCCUCGGAUCACAAAGCCUGUCCUUUGCCGUACCCGCCAUGUCCACGUCCACCUGUGCUGUCCCGAUGGCAGCCUUCAGCACGCAGUGAUUACUUCAAAGAAACACAGCAGGGAUAUUUACAGAUGUGCCCGGAACUGUGAAUGUGGAGACCGCCUCCCUGUUUUGAACCUGGAUAGCGAGCCAGACUCGGGAGAAGAGAGAGGCGACACGGAUGAAGAUCACCGUUGAUGGGAGCUCUGUACAGCCACUCUCCUCAUCCCAGCAUAUACCACAUCCUCUAAGAGACAUCUUGCGUCAGAUUGGCUUACAAAUGCUGUAUGGCUUUCCAGAAUCCAUGAGCUGGUUGGAUAAACUGGUGCCACAAGUCACAUUUCCAGGCCUUCCUGGCCUUGUGGGGGAACUGUGGGAUCUUAGAGAGCAGAAGAUUUCCGUGAGCUUCAGGCAGUUUUGUAUCAGUGUUAAACAUACGGAACUUGUUCCUGCUCCUUGGAGACACACUGCGCACGUAUUUAAUGUAGAUCUGUUUUUGUUGUGGUCUUACAUGGCUGCAUAUUUAUUCAUAAACUCCAAAGAGUCAUUUUCUACUUAA